AUGCAGCAAAUAAUAAUCAAUGAAAAAUUUUGCGUUGAUGAGAAAUUGUUUUUGGUGGUUGGAUGGAUGGAAUGGAUCGUUUGCAAUAACAAUUGGGUUUUCUUUGUUUCUGCAAAUAUAAUAGGUAUUGAGUUAACUACCUUCAAUACAAUUCCAACUAUGGUCGACAAGUCGAAUGAUGCGAAACAGCAGCUAUCCAAUCUUACCGAUAACAACAAUAGUAACAAUAACAACAACAACAAUGAUCAAGUCGAAUUUAUAUUCUCAUUCAUGAGAGAUGGCAUUGUUUCAUUUACAUUUCUAUUGACUCUAUUCAUAUUAUCACAUUUUAUCGUUAGAAAAUAUAUUAGAAAGAAAGAUGUUGAUAAAAUAUUAUAUUUACCAAGAAUAUUAUGUACAUUUUGUUUAUCAGUAUCACUGGCGGCGAUGCUUCUAAUACCAAUCACAAUCAUCAGUAACGAAAUCAUCACAACAUUUCCAUCAAACUAUUAUAUCCAAUGGUUACAUCGUGAUCUAAUUUUCUCAUUUUGGAAUAAAAUAUUUUGGGGAUCAAACAUAUCAUUAUUUAUUAUAUUACCAUUUGCAUACUUUUAUUACGAAGCCGAAGGUUUAAAGGAGAGAUCAUUCAUUUCAAGGAUUAAGGCCGCUCUAUUAGUUUUUUUAUUAGUUUCACUUAUAUUUAUUGGUAUGUUUGUUGAUAGAGACAAUAUUCAAUUAUUAUAUGAAUUGAAUGGUAAAGUUAAGAGUAAAGAUUAUCUACCUUUUUCAUAUUCUUUAAUAUCCACAAUGGGUACAUUAUUAGUCUUAUUUUGUAUACCAAAAGGAUUUAAUACAUUGACAUCGAAUGGAAUCAACUUUGGAAUUCAACAAUCAAAAGAUGAAAUUGAAGCCGUUCAAUUAGAAGUUUCGACAUUAAGAGAGAGUUUAGAAAAUGGUAAAUUAAAUGAAAAUGAAAGAAAAAGAACAGAAGUAAAGUUGUUAGAGUUAAAUCAAAUUAUAAAGAAAUUUGGUAUGGGAACAAAGCGACCGUUCCUAAGAAAACUACUAUCGUUCAUUAUCACAUUGAUCAAUUUCGCAUUCACUGGUUGGGUGGUAUUCAAUGUAUUCAUUCACUCUGUAAAGAAACUAUUUAACAAUACAUCGACUUGGACCACCGACUUUUUGGCUUACAGUUCUAAACUAGGUCCAUUCGAAUCUCUAUUGGAGACUGCUGUUGUUAUUAUACCGCCAAAAGUACAAGCUACAUCCAUGAGAAAACUAAUUAUGAAUACUGCGAUCAUUCUAUUAAUGAGUUCAUCAUUCCCUGUUGUAGUUAGAAUAUUAGAAAUAAGUAGAUUUGAUUUAAUGGGAUCAUAUACACAUACCAACUAUCUAAGAGAUCAGCUAUUUCAAUUUCUUUAUUGUACAACAUUCAUUGGACUGCUGGUUCAUUCAUAUCUACAGUUUUUACUACCGAAAUCAGAGUCACAGUCACCUCUAGCCUACAUACUAUCGAGUCUACCGUAUUAUAAGAACAAGCAGCAACAAAAACAACAACUACUACUACAACAGCAGCAAAGAGAUGCAAAUUUGACGACAAUAGCAUCUGCAGGAGCAUCUUCAUCAUCACUACCAGGCUCAUCAAACUCAACACCCACAUUGGAGGGAAGCAGUGGAAGCGAUAUCGAUUCACCACCAUACACCAGUCUCUAUGGUCAUUAUCAUCUAAACACCAGUUCCAACUCACUAGACACCACCACCAACAACAACAACAACAACAGUAACAACAAUAUUAGUAAUAAUUCCGAUACACUAUCAUUCACAACGACAUCAUCAUCAUCUGCAAACUCCUCACCCAUUCAAAUGGCACAAUCAUCACAUAUACUGUCACUCAUUCUCUCAAGCACUGCAUCACCAAACAAGAAAUCACCAACUCCCAAAAGAAAACUUGAUUAA